CUGCCCAGCGCCGGGUCAGAAGCGACCCCAGACGGAGCCUCCGAAGUCCCUCCGCCCCAGAGCCUCGGCCGUCCCCGCCGCCGUCCUCGUGGCCAUGGAGUGUCCGCACCUCAGCUCCAGCGUCUGCAUCGCCCCGGACUCAGCCAAGUUCCCCAACGGCUCCCCGUCGUCCUGGUGCUGCAGCGUAUGCAGGUCCAACAAAAGCCCCUGGGUCUGCUUGACUUGUUCAAGUGUCCACUGUGGAAGGUAUGUGAAUGGCCAUGCAAAAAAACAUUAUGAAGAUGCACAGAUACCCUUACUCAACCAUAAGAGAUCAGAAAAGCAGGAGAAAGCUCAGCAUACAGUGUGUAUGGAUUGCAGUAGCUACAGCACAUACUGUUAUCGCUGUGAUGAUUUUGUGGUCAAUGACACCAAGCUGGGCCUGGUACAGAAAGUGAGAGAACACUUACAGAACUUGGAGAACUCAGCUUUUACAGCUGACAGGCACAGAAAAAGAAAAUUAUUGGAAAACUCAUCACUAAACAGCAAGUUAUUAAAAGUAAAUGGAAGUACUGCUGCCAUUUGUGCCACAGGCCUUCGGAAUUUGGGCAACACUUGUUUCAUGAAUGCUAUCCUUCAGUCACUCAGUAACAUUGAGCAGUUUUGCUGUUAUUUCAAAGAACUGCCUGCUGUGGAGUUAAGGAAUGGAAAAACAGCAGGAAGGCGAACAUACCACACCAGGAGCCAAGGGGACAGCAAUGUGUCUUUGGUAGAAGAGUUUAGAAAGACACUGUGUGCUUUAUGGCAAGGCAGCCAGACUGCAUUUAGUCCUGAGUCCUUGUUUUAUGUUGUCUGGAAGAUAAUGCCUAACUUUAGGGGUUAUCAGCAGCAGGAUGCCCAUGAAUUCAUGCGCUACCUUUUGGAUCAUCUACAUUUGGAACUUCAGGGUGGCUUCAAUGGUGUUUCCCGUUCAGCAAUUCUACAGGAGAAUUCUACACUGUCUGCAAAUAACAAAUGCUGCAUAAAUGGAGCAUCAACUGUUGUCACAGCAAUAUUCGGAGGAAUUCUCCAGAACGAGGUCAACUGCCUCAUAUGUGGGACAGAGUCGAGGAAGUUUGAUCCAUUCCUAGAUCUCUCCUUAGAUAUUCCAAGUCAGUUCAGAAGCAAGCGUUCUAAGAAUCAGGAAAAUGGGCCGGUUUGCUCCUUACGAGAUUGUCUUCGCAGCUUCACCGACCUUGAGGAACUUGACGAGACGGAGCUGUAUAUGUGCCAUAAGUGCAAAAAGAAACAGAAGUCUACAAAAAAGUUUUGGAUUCAAAAACUUCCCAAGGCGCUGUGCUUGCACCUGAAAAGAUUUCACUGGACAGCAUAUUUAAGAAACAAAGUCGAUACAUAUGUUCAAUUCCCACUGAGAGGCCUGGACAUGAAGUGCUACCUACUAGAGCCGGAGAACAGUGGCCCAGACAGUUGCCUGUAUGACCUCGCUGCUGUGGUUGUACACCAUGGCUCUGGGGUUGGUUCUGGACAUUACACAGCAUAUGCAGUUCACGAAGGCCGCUGGUUCCAUUUCAAUGACAGCACUGUGACAGUGACUGAUGAGGAGACCGUUGGGAAGGCAAAGGCCUACAUUCUAUUUUAUGUGGAGCGUCAGGCCAGAGCUGGAGCAGAUAAACUGUAAUACCUCCUGACCAUGAUUCAUCAACUAUACCGGACAACAUUUCCAUUUUCCAUAAAUACUUGAUCCAAGAGUUAAUAUCAGUAUGCACUUUUCAAUUUCCAGUUUGGGGUUUAGUUUGGUCAGUGGUAGUGACUUACCCAAUAUGGGCACCAACUAAUUUUUGUUGUUGUUCUACCAGAAAACCUCAGCAGGCAUUUUGAUUGGCUGCUUUAGUUGUAAUUCAAUUUUUAUAUGUAGUUUCCAGAACUUAGUUCUGUUUGACUUUUUAUAUUAAUGUUUUCAGUUCUCACCGAGGCACAUUUGCAUGCUGAGAGCCACCCUGACUGCUGUCUUCAUAGCAGCCAGGUCAGCGACUCCAUCGUGAGGACCGUGUGCGCAGGUUGGUAGCACACCGGUUUCACAGUGACUCCUCAGGAAUCCCUUCUGACUGUAGGCAGUAGUAGCUGAAGGCCAGGAGACCAGGCUGUCACCACUGCCGGUGUCUCAGGGUUGCUGCUUCUCAGCAUUAAAUAAAUCUGUCAGUUCCGUUGCAUCCGU